AUGACGUGCUGCUAUUCGCCCAGUGGGAAGAGGACCGGUGAGACUGGUCCGGUGAGUCAGAGCCAGUUCAACCACAUGCACCAAUCCCAGACAGUGACUGCUCCACAGGGCGUCACUGCAGAACGGACCAGGACCAAGCACCGAAUUUGUCCACAGGAACAGCCUGUGCUGAAACUGUUGUUAUUGCUGGAUAAAGAGACCAAAGAGUGUUCCAAAAUGGAGGAAAAGAAGAAGAACUGGCGACUCAAGCCCAAGUUUCCAAAACUGAAGAAACUCGGCAAGAAGAACCCUCCUAAACCACCUAAAAAGCUGACCUACAGACGCAGCAUUUCUGUCCCCGACCUGCGCCAUAUCGCCAAAUUUAGCGAAGAGACUGACUCUGUCUCCAACGAGGCUCCAAGUUUUGGUGUUUCUCCAAUUCCCAGCGAUUCGGACUCUACUUCCCUGAACGAAGGUCCAAUCUUUAUGGAAACAGCCCCUGAAACUCGCCUUCGAAAUUCCGCAGAGACAAAGGCGCUAUCCGGAAACCGAAUCAGUGCCCCAGUUUUGGGUAAUUUUGAGGAUUUCGCAGAUCUUCAUAAUCUACUUGCACGAGAGCAGAUUUAUGCGCAAUCAGACAAAGACAAGCAGCCAAAGUAUACGUUUGACCCAGUUCCAGCGCCAAGAACUGUGUAUUCUAAGAACGCAUCAAGCCAAUUACCAAGAGCUGUGUUUGAGAGACAGCAAUCCACCGAAAAACCUGCAAAUGAUGCAGAUGAAGGAAGUACUCUGGCAGCAGUCAUAGCUCGUGCUAGCUCCAUGAGCGAACAAGUCAAGGACAAGUCUGACAGGAGAUCUGAAAAAGGCACUCCGUCAGUGGUGAGGAGGAAGUGUCCAAGCGCCCUGGUGCUGGAUAGCUUGGGACCACCAGUGGAAAGUGCGGACGGGACCUCACUGGGUUCUACCUCGCCCAGUGACGAGAGGCUUCCCUGGAAUACCACCGACUCAGAGGAGCAGGACAGGGAGAUGGUCACUCCUCCAGAGGGAAGUGACUUCUGUCUGGAUGAAGAGGUGACGAUGCUCUGUACCCAGCAGGAGGAAUCAAUGGAAGAAAUGCCUGAGCUGCCCAGUGAACCAUUUGACUUCAAUGAAGACAAUCUGCCUGAUAUACCAGAAGACUCUGUGUGUGCGGAGCCGCAGACCCCCGCCCCCUUCCAGAGGUACCUCCUCAACAUCACCCUCAAACAUGGACGUAACCUGGUCAUCCGGGACAAACGCUCCGGAACCAGUGAUCCUUAUGUGAAGUUCAAACUGGAAGGAAAGCAAUUCUACAAGAGCAAAGUGGUUUAUAAGAACCUAAACCCACGCUGGAAUGAGUCCUUCUCCCACGCGCUGAGGGACCGGGAGCACCUGGUGGAGCUCCGGGUGUAUGAUAAGAACCGCACUUCAGACGACUUCAUGGGCUCCAGCUCAAUUGACCUGAAAAACCUGGAGUUGUACAGAACCUAUGAGCUGGAGCUGCCACUGCACGAUCCCAAAAGCAAAGAGGCUGACAUGGGUGUGCUCAUAGCCGACGUGUGCCUCAUGUUCCGGGACGCCACCAUCAAAAGGAGCCCACGCUGGCCACAAAAGAAGCACAAGUCUAAUGAGAUGCAGAGUGAAAGAAGCGUUGUGCUGUUUGGGAUGGCAGCGCGUGGGCUUCGCUUCACACCUUUGGACCCACCACAGCUGUCACCGCGCGUCUCCUUCCGGACCGCGUUUCAUAUUAGCCCACAAAAGAACUGA